CAACAACCCCGUUCCGUCGUCUACUCACCACAAGAGCUCGACAUGGAGAAGAUCACGGAUAAGAUCGCGGCUUUGCCGCCGGAUGAAAAUUAUUUUUCUUUGGAGUUCUUUCCUCCCAAAACUCAGAUGGGUUUUGCAAACCUCCAAGCCCGGUUAGAGCGCAUGGCACAGGCCCUGCGACCGCUGUUCGUCACUGUCACAUGGGGUGCCGGCGGGAGUACCGCGACCAGAUCGCUGGAGCUGGCGGAAGUCUGCCAGCGCCAGUUGCAAUUGACCACUUGCUUACACCUGACCUGCACCAACACGAGUCGGGAGCUCGUCGACCAGGCGCUCGAGGAGGCAAAGGUGUUGGGAAUCAGGAACAUCUUGGCCCUGCGGGGUGAUCCGCCGCGCAGCGAGGAAUACAACAUGCACGGGGAGGACGAUAGCAACAAGGAUUUCACAUUUGCCAUCGACUUGGUUCGCUACAUCCGCCAGCAGUACGGAGACUACUUCUGCGUCGGUGUCGCCGCCUACCCGGAAGGUCACCCCGUCGAUUCCUUCCAAGACACCCAGGACCCCGAGAGGGAUCUGCCGUACCUGGUGGAGAAAACGCGAGCCGGGGCCGACUUCAUCAUGACCCAGUUGACCUAUGAUGUGGACGCCUACGUGAACUUCGAGAACCGUCUCCGGACCCAUGAGUCGGGCGCCUUCAAGACCAUCCCCAUCAUCCCCGGCUUGAUGCCCAUCCACAGCUAUAAGAUCCUAACGAGAGUGACCAAGCUGAGCCAUGUACACAUCCCGCCCCCGAUCAUCAGGAAGAUGGAAGAGGUGCGGUUCGACGAUGACGCGGUCAAGCGCAUUGGCGUCGACGUGCUCACUGAGCUGGUGGGCGGGAUCCGAAAGAUUCCUCGUCCCGCGCAACGCGGGUUCCAUUUCUACACCUUGAACCUGGAGAAGACGGUAUCUUUCAUCAUCGAGCGCUGCGGCCUGAUCCCCGAGUACGCCGACGAUUCGGAUGCAUUGGUUGAUGGCGGCAGUCUAUCCGCCCUCGACUUGUCUGCCGCGGGCCCCAAUGGAGCCAGCCGCUCCGCCUCCAGGCGCCGCCGGUCGUCGCUCAACUCCCUUCCCCAUAACCGAGUCAUCGUGGAUCGGCCACAGUUCGCUGAGUCCUCCAGGAGCUCGAUGACCCACGAGGCUCCGGCCACCAGUGCCGGCAUGCCCGCCAUGCCGCCGGACCGCAGCACCACGCUGCAGAUCUCCGAAGGGCUGGGUGCGCUCGGCCGAGAAGCCACCUGGGAUGAUUUCCCCAACGGUCGUUGGGGUGACGCGCGGUCGCCUGCGUUCGGAGAGAUCGACGGCUACGGCCCUUCCCUGAAGGUUACCCCCGCCGUCGCUCGUCGGGUCUGGGGCUACCCUGCCUCCCGCGACGACAUCAGUGCGCUCUUCCGCCGGCACGUGUCGGACGAGCUUUACAUCGUUCCCUGGUCCGAAGGCGGUGCGGAGGAGAACAGCAGUGGCUUGAGCCCCGAGACGGCCACCAUCCGCCCGGAGCUCCUGCAGCUGAUCGACAAGAAGGGCUGGUGGACGCUCGCCUCGCAGCCAGCCGUGAACGGCCGGCGGAGCGACGACCCCGUAUUCGGCUGGGGCCCGCCCGGCGAAGGCUUCGUCUUCCAGAAGCCCUUCGUGGAAUUUUUCUGCCCCAACAGCGACUACACCACCGUCGUCAAGCCCCUCCUACAGAAGCACGGCCACGAGAAACUCGCCUGGUUCGCCGUCAACAGCAAGGGCGACUUCCAGUCGUCCAUGCCAUCGCAGAGCUCCGAAGCGGACCCCAUCGAGAUCAACCCGGAAAACGUCAACGCCGUGACGUGGGGCGUGUUCCGCGGCAAGGAGAUCGUCACGCCGACCAUCAUCGAAGAGGUCAGCUUCCGCGCCUGGGGCGACGAGGCCUUCCGCAUCUGGGACGAGUGGCGACGCAUCCACCCGCGGGGGUCGGCGACGGAACGCUUCCUCAACGAUACUAAGAACGACGUCUGGCUGGUGUGUGUCGUGGGGCAGGAUUUCGGUGCCGGCACCAAGGUUGGGUCGAAGGAGGAGCAGGAGGAGAGGUCGUGGAUGUGGAGGGAGUUGAUUGAGAGUUAGAUUUUCCUUCUUCCCUUCUUCCUUUCUUCCUUACUUUACCUUUCUACUUUUUGUUGGAUGGAAUGACAUGCAAUAUAUCUAAAUUGGUUUUUUCUUUGCUUUCUUUUCUUUUCUGUUCUUUUCCCCCUUUGCCUUUCCCUUGUGUAUAUGCAUAUCGGUGAGCAGGUUUCUAUUCAGCUAUAUCUUUAGUAGUAUUUAGUAGUAGUAAUGCUACACCAUUCCCACUU